UGUGUCGACGAGAAUGUGUCUCUACUCUUCCAUUUCGUGGUCAAUCUCUCUCCUCCUUUUUCAGGCAGAACAGAAACUCAAGAAGAGUCUCUCUCUCUCUCUCUCUCUCUCUCUCCUUUUACAUUACAGCAACUACUCAUCAUAGCCUGAAGCGUAAUUCAAGUGUUUCUAUCAUCACAUGGCUUCCUUCGAUGGACCAAAGUUCAAGAUGACCGACGGCACUUACGUUCAGACAAAAUCCAUCGAUGUCGGAUCAUCAACAGACAUCUCCCCUUACCUCUCCCUCCUAAGAGAAGACUCCAUCACCAACUCAAACAGAGCCGUGAUCUUCGACGUUAACUGGGAAACAGAUACCAAAGCCUCGGGGUGGAGCCUCUCCUCAGUGAAGCUGAGCACUCGAAACCUCUGCCUCUUCUUCAAACUCCCCAACCCUCCUUUUCACGGCAACAACCUCAACGAUCUCCACCGUUUCUUCGCUUCCAAGUUCGUGACCUUCGUCGGUGUCCAGAUCGAGGAGGACCUGAACUUGCUCAGAGAGAACCACGGUGUUGUCAUAAGAAACGUGAUCGAGGUAGGGAAGCUAGCUGCGGUGGCUCGUGGGACUCUGCUGCUCGAGUAUCUUGGGACUAGAGAGUUGGCUCACAGAGUGCUUUGGUCUGAUUUGAGCAGGCUCGAUUCGAUCGAGUCUAAAUGGGAGGAGAAAGGUUCUGAAGAGCGUCUCGAGGCUGCGGCUAUUGAAGGUUGGCUUAUCUUCAAUGUUUGGGAUCAGUUAUCCCAGUGAGAUUCUACUACUUUUGUUUGUGUGUUUGUGAUUUUUGUAUGUUUGUUUGGUAUGAAUAAAACGAAACGUUGCAUCA